AUGGGGGACAUAAGCCGACUAAUGGCGGCCGUGAAUGUUGUCCUCCUGAUUCCUCUCGUUCUGGCCUUCAUGCCACGCCACGCCGCCCACGCUUCCACCGUGACGCAGCAGCCCACGCAAUUCGAUAUCUCCAUGCGAAAGACGAUGGAGCUCCCCGAGGAGCUGAGGCGGCAGCAUGUGGACCGCGUUCUCGAAGCCGUUCGCGUCGCGGAACGCGAAUUCGAAGGCGGCGGUGGCGGCAGCCGGCGCAGUGAGCGCGUUCUGGCCGACACAGGAAUGAAGCUCGGGCUGUCGGCGCCGCCGCUCAGCUCGGGGCCGAGCAUGGCGACAGUGAAGAAGUCAUCACGGGGUGGCGCCAUGGCGCUCAUGAAGGCCGUCAGCAUGCAGCCCGUCGUCGCCUUCAUCAGCGCCUCCGCCGCCGACUUCACCGCGUACGCAAGCUGCGACACGAUCAACAUCUACAACGGCGUGUGCACGACUGACGUGAACCACGCGGUGGUGGUGGUGGGCUUUAACUACACGGGGCCGGACCUCAAAGGCAGCUACUGGAUCAUCAAGAACUCGUGGUACGCCACGUGGGGCGACCGCGGCUACAUGUACCUCGCCAUGAUGCCCGACGUGCGCGGGAAAUGCGGCACCUUAUCAACCCCCGCCAUGUACCCCGUCUACUUCCCAUCAGGGCAGCAGCCGGCGCGCUUUGCGUCUUACAAGCGCGGCAAGUGGCGAAUCAACAAAGUGGACGACCUCUCGUCGUCGCUCUACUCCUCCACCCUUUCAACCACCACCACCACCACCACUACCACCACUAUUAGUACGACCACGCAAAUGCCAGGCGCCCUACCUGGUGGUGGGCCAGCAGGUCUGCAUUUGCUCCUGUUCCUCUUUCUCCGUUUGCACUGCCAGCCUUCUUACCUCUUUCUUCCUUGCAAUCCCCCCCCCCUCAUUCAGUGCCAGGCGCCCUACCUGGUGGUGGGCCAGCAGGUCUGCAUCGACUCACCCAUCCUCACCACCAUGCAGCGAUCUCCCAACAUCUCCUAUUCCAUCUACACCGUCCGUGCCAACGACACCCUCUCGACAAUCUCCUCCCUCUUCCUCCCCCGCUGCACGCUUCUCUCCGUGACCCCCGCCGCCAUUGCCGCCCAAAACUUCAUCGCCAACCUCUCUGCACCGCUCCCCGUCGGCACCAACCUCAUCAUCCCCUGUAUAGGCGGCAUCGGCAUGAUCGACGGUGGCUGUGCAUUGUCUCUCACAGUGUGCGGAGCAGAUUUCGUCUCGUACCCGUCGUACUGCCAUGCAGCAGUGAACUACGCUCUUCCAAUCUUCCAGAAUAGCCCGUGUGACAGCUGUAGUGGGCCGCGGACGCAGAGCAACGCCUGCCCUUUCACACCUCUCCACGCUUUCAAGUUCUUCAACCGUCUGUCGGAGACGAGGCAUUCUCUACCGCGGCCAGUCUUUUUGCAGCCCUGCGCUUCUUUUCUUCCAUCUUGA